AUGUCGCAAAGGAGGGCGGGUCAGGCCCGCUCUUCUAGCAGUUCAGGACUGCUAAAUGCGAAAAAUGCUAUAUUAAUUAUGAAUAUUCAUCGUCAAGCAGCGGGGCGACAGAGUACGAGGAGAAAAAUGAGAUUGAGAGAGAGAGACGAUCACGUUCACGUGUGUCGAGACGACACAGAGCUUCACGCUCACAUUCUCGUUAUCGUUCUCGCUCACGCGACAGCGUACGUUCACGCGUGUCGGGGCGACAGAGAGUUGCACACUCACACUCUCGUUAUCGCUCUCACUCACGCGACAGUUCACGGUCACGUUUGCGCACCAGGUCAUAAUGUGAGCGCAACGGAUAACACGAGCGGCCAGGCCACUCGGUCGGUAGAAAAAACAAUAGAAAACCCGUGCGGCAAGGCCACACAGUCGGUAGAAGAGGACAUAACGCUGGACGAGGAAACAUUACUCGUUAUUGGCAAACGACUGCGUUCAGACAAAAAACUAGCAGAGCCCGUGCACAAAGACAUACAAAUUCGUUGGGAGGAAAUUUAUAAAGACGGCUUGCCAAAGGAUAUAAAAGCCGAAUUGUUAAGCAAGCAUCCCCAACCGGUCAACAUCGCAUUCUUAGAGGCGCCGAAGCUCAAUAUAGAAUUAAAAAAAAACCACUACCAAACACGUGACAAAAAACUCGAGGGGCCCGCCUCAGCAGACGAGCAGGAAAUUCAUACAAACACGGCCACCACAGAGAAAGUCGUGGGGCGGGCAUUACAAGCAACGCCAGUUUUCUCCCCGCAAGUCUUACUCAACGAGUCACAGGUCGCACAAGAAGCGGAACUAGAGGAGGUGAGUAGUUUGGCUGGUCGACUGAAGUUCUUUACCGAAAAUUGGAGAUCAAUCACAUCCGAUGAAUUUAUAUUAAACACUAUAAAAGGGUUUAAAAUACCAUUCAAAUCAGAGAUUCGUCAACAGCAGCAGCCCUGCGAACUCUCGUGGUCAAAUAAAGAAAUUAAGGACAUAACAGAGCAAAUAGAUAAACUGCUGCAAAAGGGAGCAAUUCGAAAAUGCGAUGCGGAAGACGAUCAAUUCAUAUCGAGAAUUUUCCUAACGCCUAAACCCGAUGGAUCUAAUCGGCUAAUAUUAAAUCUUAAACCUCUUAAUGAGUUUAUAGACACGUCACAUUUUAAAAUGGAAGACAGUAGAACGGCACAGAGGCUUAUGUAUCGCGAUUGUUACAUGGUAACGAUAGACCUUAAAGAUGCGUAUUACCUCGUGCCUAUUGCGAGCGAGCAUAGAAAAUAUUUACGCUUUUCGUUCCAAGGUCAAAUUUUUGAAUUCACGGUGCUACCAUUCGGCUUGAACUGCGCUCAGUUAAUUUUUACAAAGAUUAUGAAACCUACUGUUACAUUUUUAAGGAAAAAAGGACUCAUGUCCGUUAUAUAUCUCGACGAUAUAUUACUGUUCGGUCACUCGGUAACAAAUUGUUUAGACAACGCCAAUCAAACAAUAGAACUUUUAGAAAAGCUUGGGUUCGUGAUUAAUUAUGAAAAAAGCAGGUUAUCCCCAUCGAAAAAAUGUAUAUUUCUAGGCUUGUGUCUAAAUUCCGAAAAAAUGCAGGUCGAACUACCUCCGGACAAACGGCUAAGUGUAUUGAAACUAAUUCGUAAAUAUCAAAAGACCAAAAGAUGUAAAAUUCGGGAUUUUGCUUCAUUUAUUGGAUCUCUUGGAUUUUGUUGUCAAGCAGCGACAUAUGGUUGGGCAUAUUUGAAAAAUUUCGAGAGAGAAAAGGUUAGAGCACUAGAAAAAAAUCAUGGCAAUUACGAAUUCGUUAUCGAAAUUAACCCCGAGUUACAAGCUGACUUCAAAUGGUGGAAAAACAAUAUACUCAAAAUAGUUAAACCAAUACGUAAUUCCAAAUUUUCGUUGGAAAUUUUUUCGGAUUCAUCGUUGACGGGAUGGGGGGCGUAUUGCAAAGAAGAAAAAAUUCACGGUUUUUGGUCUCAAGAGGAACGUAGACUUCACAUAAAUUGCCUAGAGUUGCUUGCAGCCUUUUUUGCGCUGAAAAGUUUCGCAAAAAACUUGAGCGACUGCAAUUUACUGUUAAGAAUUGACAAUACAACAGCAAUUUCUUACAUCAAUCACAUGGGUGGUAUGGGCAGUAAGAAAUUAAGUGAAGUAGCAAAAAAGAUAUGGUUAUGGUGCGAACGUCGCAAUAUUUGGCUUUUCGCUUCAUAUAUUCAGUCAAAAAGUAACGGUGAAGCGGACUUUGAAUCUAGACGAUUAGAGCCUGAGACGGAAUACGCACUAUCGGAACAAGCCUUUCGAAGAAUUCGGAAAAGAACCCCAUCCACUGUGGCCACAGUUGUCGUUGCUAGCGGGGAUUUUAUCAAGAAAGCAUUAGCGAGGAGAGGAAUAUCUGAUAGGGCAGCAACAAUCGCCUUGGCCUCAGUCUCUAAGUCAACGUUGAAGCAAUACGAAUGCCCGAUUAAAAAAUGGCGUCAAUUUUGUGUUCGAGAGAAGUUGGACCCCUUAUUGAUAAAUUUUACAGCACUUCAAGAUUUCCUCGCCGAAGAAUUCUUUAACGGAGCUUCGUACACGACGAUCAAUUGUUAUAGAUCGGCUAUGUCAUUUGUAUUUGGCCCGAACGUUGCAGAGGAUCCAGGGAUAAAAAGAAUUUGCAAAGGCGCAUAUAAGAUUCGUCCACAAAAACCCAAGUAUAAUUCUACAUGGGACCCGAAAGUGGUACUCGAACGUCUGGCCAAAUGGACACCAAAUAACGAUAUUUCAUUGAAACAGCUGUCUAGCAAACUAGCGACACUGUUAGCGUUAGUGACGGGACAUAGAAUACAGACAUUGUCACUGAUAAACAUUAAUGAUAUAAAUGUAUCAAACGACAGGAUAGAAAUUAAGAUCCCUGCGCAAAUAAAAACCUCAGGGCCAAAGAGAAAGCAGCCCGUACUAAUCCUGCCGUUUUUCGAUAAAAAAGAGAUUUGCGCUGCGCAAACGUUACUCGACUACCUAAAAGUAACACAAGAAAUUCGCGGAGAAACGGAAAUUUUAUUUAUAUCAUUCAAAAAACCGCAUAAAGCAGUGGGUACGCAGACUCUAAGUAAAUGGAUCAAAAAAGUAUUAAAAGAGAGCGGAAUUGAUACGGACUGUUUUGGAGCAUAUAGCACCCGACACGCUUCGACAUCUGCGGCAAAACGCGUGGGUGUCAACAUUGAUACGAUUAGGGCAACAGCGGGCUGGACUAACGAAUCCAAAACAUUUACGAGGUUUUACGAUUUAAACAUAGUACAAGAUAAAACAGAAUUUGCCAAGGCUAUUUUGAACUUAUAA